ACGUUAAUUAUUAAUUGCGUUAAUAGUGGGCAGAAGGUAGCACGUCUACUGCAAAUGUCUACUAACGCAAGAAAAGUUGUUGGAAAUUUGAAAUAGAUGUUUGAAUUUCUGCAACUCUAAGUCAAGCAAAGAGUUAAAACACAAAACCUGGAAUAUUUUUAAAAAUGUCCGCCAUAACUCAUAUGAUAUUAUCGCUCGUCUUAACGUUGUUUUUGAACGGAAAGCUGACAGAUUCAGCAGUUUGUACUGGGGUGAAACGUUUGCUGGAUAAUGAGGGUGAUAUAAUGAGUCCUGGGUUCGACAAGGGACAAAACUACCCGACAGAAGAGACGUGUCAGUGGGUAGUGUUUGGACCCACAGGCUCCACAGUAACCCUCGUCUUUGAGUCAUUCGCGCUUGAAGAAAGCAAAACGUGUGGGUUCUACGAUUAUGUGACAAUCCGACAGAGAUGCACGGGAAAAUCGCUUUCUGAUAACCUGGGAGGGAGGACUGAUGGAUAUUGUGGUACACAUAUGCCCCCAAUGAUCAAUUCGACCUGCAACGAGCUCCACAUCACCUUUCACUCGGAUGAUAGCGACACAGAUAAAGGAUUCAAGGCAAAAUAUAAGAUACACAAGGAUUCGGAGGCACCACAGAUAACCAGUUUUGGAGAUAAAGACGGAAAGAAAGAUAUCGUAAAAAAAGCCACUGAAUCAUUUACCUUUCAUUGUCGUGUACAUGGUCAUCCCCGCCCGCGUCGUUACUGGGGCCGAGUAGAUCAGAAACCGUUACCUCCUGACGCCAUCGAUGACAACAAUGGAACGCUGCUCAUUCCGCGCCUGCGAUAUCCCGAGGACAGCGGAGAAUACAUGUGUGUAGCUAACAAUACCUGGGGAGAGGAUCGUGCUAAUGCAAUCUUGAAAGUGAUACCAAAAUGCCACUGUCCAAAGAACAUAAGCACUAACUGGCUCCAUAUGCCACCCUUUGUGAUCAACGAGGGAAACGGCAACGAACCUACCGGGAUUUUCCCAGAAUUGAUCAAAAAAAUAAUUGAAAAAUGUUGCGGUAAUUGUACCAUGGGUCACGGCACUUCGAAUGUCGAAUACGGCAUUCCUAAAGAGACCUCGAUUGACUUCAAGAAUGCCAUCGCUUCCAGAGAAGUUGUUCAUGUUUCUUUUCCAAUAUCAGGGAAAGAGAUUGACGAUGAAUACAAGGGUGAGUACUUUAGACCGCUGUUCAGUUCUCCUGGCGUUGCAGUUCUUGUAAUGAAAGAAGACCCGAGCGAAAGUGCCAAAGCUAUUCUUGCAUCAGUUAUCUCUGCUUAUCCUGUUCUGUUGUUGACUGUGGUGAUGGCUUGGUUAGCUGGAAUUGCAAUGUGGGCUUUGGAUACCUGGACUAACCCUGACGAGUUUCCUCGCCCAUUUCAUCGUGGUGUCCUGGAGGGCUUCUGGUGGGCGUUUGUUACCAUGACGACAGUUGGGUAUGGUGAUCGUUCUCCCCGAGGCUAUGCUGCCCGUGUGUUUGCCAUUGUAUGGGUCCUGGUUGGUCUUGUCAUCAUCUCUAUCACCACUGGUGUUAUAACCACGUCACUGACGGCCAUCACUCUCAGUACUGAUCUUCGAUUGUACGGAGCUAAGGUUGGAGCACUAGCAAAUUCUACGGAAUAUCGCAUGGGAGUAAAGAAAAAUUCUGACGUUAAAGAAUUUAGCGAGCUUGGUCCAAUGUUCGCUGCCUUGGAGGAUCGUUCAUUGGAUGGUAUAUUGUUGGAUAGUUUCGUUGCUGGGGCAAACAAAGGCUUGAUUUCAUCAAACGUUCGUGUGAAUAAGAUCAUUUCGUAUGAUUCCUCCUACGGUAUCGUAUUUCGUGAAAAUAUGGCAACUCCAGAACUCCAGAAAUGUUUCAAUAACUAUUACUCCGACAAGAAAGGUGAAAUAUCGCAUAUUGUUGAAGAAAAAACCUCACCAGUCAAGGAACCCAAAGAGAGUGCAUCUGAAGAAAUAGCGUCAGGACUGUUUGAUGCAAGUACACCAAUGUUUAAGAACGCGUUAUUCUCUUGUAUCGGGAUGUUGUUGUUCUUUUCGGCUUGUGGUUUGAUCUGGGAUUACGGUUAUCAAAGACACUUCAAAAAGAACAGCUCAGAAUUCGAUGACCUUGCGCUGUUGGCGGGACCUGGAUACGAGACGGUGAAAUCCAAUAUGGAUUUAUUGCAAACGUUGUCGCAGGAAGUCCAGGAUUUCAACGACGUCUGGACAGAAAAACUCGAUGAAAUUAUGAAAAAACAUGACGCUGAGUACAGGGUGUUUACACAGCGCCAGGAGAAAUCAUAAACAUCUUGUUUUUAAUGCUCGUUUUGCGUGUUUUUAGCAGACACACGAUUUAUAUAUCAAUGAAAUACUGUAGUAUAAAAACAUAUGCACGUGUUUGGCAAAAACGGUCGAGUUCUGCUCAAAUUUCUGUUUGAUUUCACAAUGAUAUAUGACGUCGCACACUACUGUCAAUCACAGCUGCAGCACGCAAUAUCCACAAGACGAUUUGUUACAGAGCGAAGGAGAUAUUUAACCGCAUUUUAUAUUCACCAGUAUAUUCAGUGUAUAUUCAGCAUUGUAUAGGUUUUUGUUCACAAAUACAUAGAACAGUUUUUCCUUGUAAGUUUUUGAACGUUUAAGGCUUUGAUAUUAGAUCCAUUAGCU